AUGGAACAGAUGCUUGCAGCCCUGACUAAUGUAAUAACGCAACAACAGAGGCAACAACUUUUACCUCCUCCACCUCCACUGGUACAAGUUAAACCGGACAACAAUGAUAUUAUCAAUCUGACUCAAAAGUUCAUAAAAAUGAAACCACCAACCUUUUUUGGUGGAAUUGAACCAUUAAAGGCUGAAACAUGGUUGUUGGAGAUGGAGAAAUUGUUUGAAGUAUUUCCUUGUUCCGAGGUUCAGAAAGUUCUUUUGGCUACCUACACUCUAAAAGAUGAAGCUUGGAGAUGGUGGUUAUUGGAACUCAAACAAGACAGAAUGUCUAUAGCAGAGUAUGAGGCAAAGUUUACUGAGUUAGCUAGAUUUGCUCCUCACAUGAUGGACACAGACUAUAAGAAAGCCCGCAAAUUUGAGGGUGGAUUGGAUUUAGAUAUACUAGAUUGGGUAGGAGUCAUCAAUCUACCUACGUCUGUGUGA